AUGACAGAUGUUCCAAAGAACUUGAAAAAUCCAGUGACAGAAAUAUCUAUGAAUAGUUUAUUCUUUUCAUUUUUCUGUGAGAAAUGGUACAAUGGCACUCGAAGAUUGAUUUUACGUGCUGCUGAUUUAUUUCCAAGAAUUGGAAUUCAAACAUUUCACGCCAAAAAAUCAACAUUAAUUCGAAUAAACUUUAGGAGGUGCUUUCAAGACUGGGAUGUGCCUCACCUCAUGAUAUUUUUGCGUGCCAAUAGGGAUGUUGUUUCUAUAAAUUUGGCAUAUAACAACAUUCACUCUGCUGGCUUCAUCAAUCUCGUUGAUUACAUUAUUGCUUACAAGCACGUUUUAGAAUUGAAUGUUCAAAACAAUGAUAUCAGCGGGCCAGGUAUUGAACACCUAUGCAAAGAUGGUGAAAAACUUCCCCUCAAAACCCUUAGACUCAAUGGAAAUAAAUUUGGAGCAGAGUGUGCAAAGAAAGUGGCCUUGUUUUUGCUGAAGAAUUCUCAUUUGAGGUAUUUAGAUGUAGCAGAAGUUGAUCAGACUGCGUCAAGUUUGGUUUACUUUACAACCGUCAUGAGGUGGGAUCAAGAUGAAUACAAUCAAACCCUCAGAAUCUUAGAUCUCAGCCGACCAAAUACUGGUCACAUGUAUGUUUUGGAUACUGCUCACUUGGCAAAUGUCAUUGGAUGCAUGUUACGGUUCAACAGGUGCUUAGUUGAAUUGCAUUUGCAAAAGUACAGUUUCUCCUGCCAUGAUAUUGAAGUAAUGUUGGAAGACAUGAAGUAUAACAAAACGUUACAAUUGCUUGAUUUGAGCAGCAAUAAUAUAGGGGAUCAUGGUAUGGACCAUAUAGCAAACUGGCUCAAAACUGGGCCAGCACUUACUGGUUUAUUACUGGCUCAUAACAUCAUCACCGACCAUGGUGCUCGAGCACUAAGUUUUGCAAUGCCAUUCUCCAAAAUGAAAAUGCUUGAUCUUUCGCACAACAAACUGGAAGAUAUUGGUGUAAUGGAUAUCCUCAAUUCAAUAAAAAAAAGCACUUUGCUACGAUAUCUCAGAAUAUUUGGUAAUUCGAUGGGCCACUGUACCGCCAAGAUUGUCGAUAGAAUGCUGGUUUCCGGAGUUCUAGUUCAAGAGAACAUUGAUGUUAAGCCUUACGCCAAGGAUCAUAAAUGGAAUCUUGCUUAUUAUCCAAGUGACCAUUAUAAGCAGCGUUAUUACAACGUACCCAGGUAUGCUUUCCCUCAACCUCUGAAAAUACCUUACGUUGAGAAUAAAAUGGCUGGAAAAGCUGCGCCAAAGGUCAACUUCAAAUACGUCGAUCCUGUACCCCUCGAAGAGAGGAGACCUAAAGUUCAGAAGAACCACCCUUUCAGUUGCAUUUGCUGCGAAUGUAGAGCUGACGAUGUGUUGAAUUCCCUUGCUCCGUCUACCACAAACAUUAUUCCUGAAGUUUGUACCUGUAGCACUUGCGAACAAACACUUGAGGCAAAUAAACUCGGCACAUUCCAGUCCGAUGUGACAUUGGUUCCAAGACCAUUGUGCUCAUGCAAUCAGGAUGAUUGCGCAUGCUGUUAUUGUUUGCCAUGUAAAGGCAAAAAUGAAGAUCUGCCAUUAUGGGAGCGUGAUAGACAUCCAAUCAACUGUAAUUGUUGCAAAUGUGGUACUCAAGAAGUAGAAUAUGCCUCGUCAUCUAUUUCCACAAAAUCGAACGAGCUACAUGACUAUCCAGACGGGGUUGACCAAUUACAAAAGAUUGCACUAAUUUUAGAACGAGUUGAUAGCGAAAUGCGUGAGCACAUAGUGAGGUGGAUUAAUAUGAACGAAGAAACUCUCGAUUCGGAUCUUGCGAUGUUAUACGCAGAUAAAUCCGAAAUGAACGAAGAAAAACAAAAAGAUAGAGCGUGCUAUUAUCAAAGACGAGUUGUUCCAAAGUUGACAAGUUCUGAAGAUUGUAAGGAGCUGCAUCGCCAAGGACAAGAAUCAUACGAUUUACCUGAAUGUGAAUCUAGCUCUUCUGUGUUCAUCGCAUGUCAUGAAUUAUCUUGUGGAAAUGAUCUUACAAAUUAAAUCAACUGUGCUAAAGCUUUGCCAUUCCAAACGAUAAGAAUAUGGCAACGAUAAGUCCAAUGACCUGUAUAGAAAAUGCUGAGGAUCAUAGGUCAUGUCCAUAUGACGAAUCUCAUGGAAUCGCGCUUAAGCGGAUGCAGUUUCAUUUGG